UAAAAGCCCGCCCUCUUCAAACCAUAAACCCUAACCGCCAAGUCUGACUAGAAAGAGACAUACAGAGAAAGCUCAAGCAACUAAAAUGGCUGUUCAGAGCCAAACUUCGAAUGCAAUUGACCCUUCGACAUCGCACUUAUCCGCUAUUACAACUCACAAUCAGUUCUUUGUUUGGAGAGAGUUUGUAUGGGGAGCUAUUGCUGGUGCUUUUGGUGAAGGAAUGAUGCAUCCUAUUGAUACUGUAAAGACAAGGAUUCAGAGCCAAGCUGUUCUUAGUGGAAUUAAGAGCCAAAAGAGCAUACCGCAGAUGAUCAGAGCAGUCUGGGCUGCUGAUGGAGCGAGAGGCUUUUAUAGAGGUAUAACUCCUGGAAUCACUGGAUCUCUUGCUACCGGAGCUACAUAUUUUGGCUUUAUUGAGUCAAGCAAAAAGUGGAUCGAGGAAUCACAUCCUAGCCUUGGGGGCCACUGGGCACAUUUCAUUGCUGGAGCUGUUGGAGACACAUUGGGUUCUUUUGUGUAUGUGCCAUCUGAAGUAAUGAAGCAACGAAUGCAGGUGCAAGGCACAAGAACAUCUUGGACUAAUUCUGUUGUAAAAGACAACAUUUCUAUGAAAUCUGGUGAGCAAAUGUACGGAUAUUAUACAGGAAUGUUCCAGGCUGGCAGUUCUAUAUUGAAGGAGCAGGGGCCAAGAGGAUUAUAUGCUGGGUACUGGUCUACAAUUGCAAGGGAUGUGCCUUUUGCUGGACUGAUGGUUAUGUUUUAUGAAGCCUUGAAAGAUUUGACAGAGUAUGGGAAGCAAAGGUGGUGUCCCAGUUUAGAUUACUCUGUUAAUAGCACUGUGGAGGGACUUAUCCUAGGAGGAUUGGCUGGUGGUUUCAGUUCAUAUCUUACCACUCCCUUGGAUGUCAUCAAAACAAGAUUACAAGUCCAGGGAUCAACUGUAAGGUACAAUGGCUGGUUGGACGCUAUGCAAAGGAUUUGGAAGAUUGAAGGUGCCAAGGGAAUGUUCAGAGGAAGCAUCCCCAGGAUAACGUGGUAUAUCCCAGCCUCGGCUCUUACAUUUAUGGCUGUAGAAUUUCUCAGGGACCAAUUCAAUAGAAAAAUAGACAGUGACAAGAAGCAAGAAGUUACAAGACUGACAUUAGAGAAAAAGGGAUCAUCUUUGCGAGAGGUAGCCUAGAACUGAAUCUCAUCUUUCCAUCUAUCAGCAAUGGGUAACUGUAUAUGAGAAGUUUACAGAUUUCCCCCAACACAAUCCACAGAAAUUCCAAGAACCCCUUGGUGGAUAAGUCCGACGAUUCAGCAGCAGUGCAGAUAAUUCUUUGCCGAAGCUAGCCAGAGAUUUGAAAACCACAUUUUGAAAUUUGAUUAUGCAGAACUGUAUAUUGAGAUCUGCUUCCUAUUACCAUAAUCUUGUGCCAAAGAGUUGACAUUGUCAUUUCUUGUAUUAAUCAUUUGGAGUAUUCCUAUAGCCAUCCAUUGAAUGUGCGAUUGUAACCUCAAGUUGUUAUGUUUGGUGAGCUAUAAUGAAAUUUUGGAGUAUUACGGGUGA